CGUAGAAGCUGCUAGAUAAUAGUUUCUCGUUUCCUCAGCCAGUUUGAAUCAAACUUUUACGAGAGUUUAAUGCAUCGAUUAUUCCUCGACUUAAAAGUUUAUACUUCAAACAAUAAAUUCUGCGCUCGUUCUUACAUCGAUUCCCUACUAAAUGUGUGAUUAUUCAAAGGAAAUUAAAAGUUUAUAAUGUUUUUAUUUGAAGUAAGAAUUCAUGUUCUAUGAGUUAAUAACUUCAAGAGACUGCGAAUUACAAUUUUUCAAAAGCCAGAGGAUGGAUUACCCGGAUCCAUUUUACAGAUCGCUAUGCUCUUCCGAGACGCUUCGCUCAAGUGCAAAGGGAUUCUUCCAUGAGUUCAGUGAAACCGUGAUAGAGCAAGCUGGUGAUUCUUGGAUCGAGGAAACCUUUGGUAAACUCCAGAAUGACGAUGAUCGGAUCAGAACUGUCUUCACAGACUCAAGGGUGAAGACUGUGGUGCUUGACACAUUGGGAAGAGUAAUGCACCUUUACCGUGAUAAGGAUGCUACCAUUUCGAGAAAUAAGAGACUCGAAGGUUUGAAACUGGCAAGCGUUGGUGAACACGAGAAGGCUCUCUUGUUUCUAAGCCAAGCAGUGCUUCGAGCCCCCGUGACAGGAAAAGUCAAGACUGUGGAUCAAGGUUUAAGUUUGCCUUUGGCCCUCCUUGCCAGGGCCGACACCCUCAUCGCUCUCGGAGAAUAUAACUUUGCUCUUGAAGAUUUGCAAAUGGCUGAUGAGAAAGAUAUAACUAAAACGAUAAGAGACCAGUUGCAACGAAAAAAAGAUGAAUGUCGGAACCUGUCGGAUAAAUCUGGAGAAUCUUUGGCUCUUCGAAAGAAGACAGAAAGCAAGAUCGGAGUGAUUCCAGAAUUUACUUGCGGUCAGAAACCGGAUCUUCCGGGAGUCUCGAAUCUCGUGGAAAUUCAAGAAUCUGCCACGGCUGGUCGACAAGCUGUUGCAACAAUGGAAAUUAGUCCGGGUGAUACCCUAGCCACAGAACCACCCCUGGCCUCUUGUCUGUUACCCGAAUUUUAUGGCACACAUUGUCAACAAUGCUUUUCACGGUUAAGAGCUCCAGUUGGCUGCCCCGAGUGUAGUAGCGUGGCUUUUUGUGGACAAAAAUGCAGAGACGUGGCUCUCUCGACAUACCACAAAUAUGAAUGCAAAAUUCUUGCUCUCCUAAUAGGGUCCGGAAUGAGUGUACUGAGUACAGUUGCUCUGAGAAUGGUGACACAAGAGGGUCUGAAGAGGUGCCUGAAGAUACAUGAAAAGGUGAUUUCAAGGAAGUGCGAUAAGAAAAUACCAACAGUCGAGGAAAAGGAAGAAGUAGAGUCUUCAGAAAGUAUCAAAAUGAGCAGAUCAGCUAAGAGGCGACUGCGAAAAAAAAAAUUGAAAGAAUCUGCUUCGAAUGGAGCAGAUCCAGCUUCAGUUAAGACUGAUGAAGAAGAUCUGGAAGUGGAUGAUAGAGCUUACGAGUUGGUAACUCUCUUCUCAAAGAGAACUGCCAAGGACUUUCUUGAAAGAACGAUAAUGACCACGUUUUUACUGAAAUGCUUGCAGCGCGUUGGAUUCUUUGAUCAUCCCUCCAAGGCUGAUGAACCCCCGAGCAAUGAAGAAACUAUUGUAGGAUCGUUGCUCCUAAAAAAUCUACAAGUACUACAAUUUAAUGCCCACGAGGUAUAUGAAACUCGAUUAGGAAGCGAGCACCGCUACAGAGGAAGUAAAACUAUUUACAUAGGAGUGGCAAUUUACCCAACGGUAGCCCGAUUCAAUCACGAUUGCUACGGUGCUGUUACAAGGUAUUUUGUUGGUCGGAACAUAGUGAUAAGAGCAUUGCGAACUCUGAAAGCUGGGGACGUUGUCGCUGAAAAUUAUGGUCCCGUAUUUACCAAGAGAAACUUUGCAGAAAGACAAAGGACUCUUGCUGGCAGAUAUUGGUUUAAAUGUUCCUGUACCGCUUGUAGAGAAAACUGGCCAACCUUUGACAGUAUGACCAACAUUUCUGCUAGACUAAGGUGUCCAACAAAAGGAUGCAGCCGGCUUUUUGCACAACCACGUGAAGAGAACAAGUUGUUGAAAUGUCUUGCGUGUCAGAAAAAAAUAAACCUCGACCAUCAGAUGGCAGAGUUAGAAAAGACUGAAACAUUAUACACAGAGGGUCUAAAUUUAAUGGAAUUGGAGCAUACAGAGGAAGCUGUAAAGAAGUUUAUAGAGGCAUUGAAGAAGUUUCACCAAGUUGCAUCUCCUCCUCAUCGAAUGACACAUUUGGUGGAAAUUGCUUUGGCAAGUUGCAUGGCUGAUGGAGGCAACAUUUGGAGACCAAAGUGUUAAUUUUCAAAGCUUUCAAAGGGCUUUAAAGAACUUUUAGGUGAUUAUUAGUAGACAGGAUACUAAAGUUCUGAGACUUUGAAAAUUUAACGGGACUUGUAUACAGGUUGUAUGUAGCAUAUAAUAUAUAAUUAUCUAAUGUAUGAAGUAGCGAAUCGACAACUUUCCGUGCUGUAGCUGUAACAUAAUACGUUCUAAAGCAGAAGUAAAAAGGGGUAAUUUCCCACAGAAUUUAAAUAAGAAAUUUUCUCUAUGCUUUGAAAUAAAAACUCUUCAGCGAUUUUGAUUCCAUAA